CUGGGGUCCGGUAUGUCUUCUCUUCGGAAGCAGGGUAGGCAGGAAGCGUGGAACGCGAACGGAAACUGGAUCUGAGAUACGCGGGGGUGGCGGACCUGCUCUGCUGGUUUCUGCAUCUUCCGAGCAGCUGGGCUCAUCUCAGUCUUGGCAUCCUGCCAGCUUACUCUGGCAGCAAAGAGCUGAGUGACUGUGGUCAGCUUCAGGGAGUUCCAGGGCUUUUCAGUUAGAAGUACACAAUCUUGUGAUCAGUGACAUCCUGCCACUACAAGCGUCGCACAUGGAAGUGGAGAGCACCGUGCUAAGUAGAGUGGGCCAAGCACAGGAACUGUUUACUGAGAAAGUGCUGAAGAGGCUUUUCCCAAAUGUUUCAAGUGGUCAAGAAAAGGGGGCUCCCCAGACCCCAGCUUUGGAGACACCGUCCCAGGACGUGACCCCUGGCACAGUACAGCAGAAGCAUGCUCACGGCCUGACAGAUGGUGACAUUAAGAUCCAGCCUGAACGUCGGCUCUACACUGUGAGUUUGCCUCCUCCGGGGUACAUCCCUUGUUCGCCAGAACCGACCAGCUGUGCGGAUUCCGAAAAUGCAUCCAGCGGCGGUGACGCAGAAGAUGUGGAUCUUCCCGACCAACCAAAAAGGCGAAGAAUAAGAAGACACAAAUCAAAGAAGAAAAUCAAAACCCUCAGUGACGUCACCGCAACGCAAACCGACCUGGAGACACAGCAAGAGAAACCGCCCCCGCCGCAUCCAGACGCCCCCGCCAUGAGCAAAAACAAAAGAAGGAAGCUGAAGGCAAAGCUGCGGCUGAGGAGGAAGAGAGAAGCUGGCGUAGCCACCAGGGCCUCCGGGGUCACCUUCACCUACCAGCCCGAGAGCAGCGAGGAGGCAGAGGCGGAGGAGGAUGUGGGAGCAGAGGAUGAAGAAGAUCCUGAGCAGUCUGCCGCAGACUCCGCCCAGGAAGACACCGAGCUCGCCAGCAGCAGGGCGGACGGCGUCCUGAGUUUUCUGAAGUCCACACAAGAAAUUUAUUUCUGCGAUGAUACAUCGAGAGAUGAUCCAGCGGUGCGCGAUCCAGCGGUGCGCGAUUCUGCUGUGUGCGAUCCAGCGGUGUGCGAUCCAGCGGUGCGCGAUCCAGCGGUGCGCGUGGAAGUGGCCGAGGAGCUGCUCCGCGUCCUCGAGUCCGGCCACAUGCCUCCCACAGACAUCCUCAUCCUGGACCACAUGAAGACCUUGCUGCUUCUGCAGGACACCGAGAGGCUGAAGAGCGCCCUGAAGAUGUUCCCAGAGCACUGUGUGAUGCCGCCAGACCAUGCCAGAAUAAUCUCAGCCUUCUUUAAUUACUGGAUCACGAAGAUUCUUCCUGAAGAAAGCAGUGAAUAAACCCAGCACCGCUUAAGAAGAAGAACUGUCAUUAACAUGAAGGUGUUGACAUGCAUGGGGUGCGAGCUCACACUUCCUGCUUGGACAUAAGGAGUUAUUUAUUAUUAGGUUUUGUUUUAUUUUGUUUUGUUUUGUUUUGUUUUUUGUGAGUCAAACCCUCAAGACAUUGAAGACAUUUCUACCACCUUCAUUUCUGUGUUUGUGUAUCAUAGGUAAGGUAUCAUCUGAGGCUUUAAGUGAGAAAUCGGGGUAAAAUGAAAGCCAUCUACUUACUUACUGCUAUGUAUAUAUUGAAUUACCUCAUAAACUGAUUGUUUUUUGAUACCUGUAACAAAAGUAGAUAUUUUACUAAAUAAACUAUAUAGUUUGACAUUA